CUGUGAGGAGGAGCUGGGCGCGGGAUUAUAAUCUGAUCUGCCACAGUCAUGAUGUCUGACUCCAGGGUCUCCUCGGUCAUCCAGGAGUGGGUGAGUUCGUACCCGGGUCAGACCCACAGCCAGACCCUGAACCCGGUGGCGCCCCACCACCAGCCCGCCUCCACCAACCAGCUGCCCCAGAUGGACAUGAUGUCCUACAUGAGGGGGGGCGGCGAGGACGAGCGGGCGUCGGAGCAGAUGAUGGGGCUGUCGUACCUGCCGUACGCCCCCGGCGGGCCCGGUUCGAACCCCCAGCAGAGCCACGGAGGAGUUCAGCAGGAUUUCUCCUCCUUCCUGCUGCCCACCCUGCGAGCGCCCGUCACCAAGAGGAGCAUCAGCAAGGACAGCGCCGAGUACCGCCUGAGGCGCGAGAAGAACAACAUCGCGGUGCGGAAGAGCCGGGACAAGGCCCGGCGCCGGAUCCUGCUGACCCAGCAGCGGGCCCAGCAGCUGCAGGAGGAGAACCAGAAGCUGCAGAUGAGGAUAGGACAGCUGACGCAGGAGCUGGACACGCUCAAACACAUCCUGUCCCAGCAGCACCUGCAGGGGCCCGACGAGGGCCCCGCGGCGGCGGGGGCCGCCAUCUGAGCACCGGGCGACGCCGGGGCCAGCUCACCGGGCUGCAACAUCCCAGGUCCACUGCGUCUGGGACAGGGGUGUCAAACAUAAGGCCUGUGGGCCAACACCGACCCACAAGAGGCUCCAAUCGGGCCCACCACGGUAAAGAUUUCAAAGAAAAUAUUGAUUUUUUCCAAUAAAUUUCAGAAGAGUUGCAGAUGCAAGAAUGGCUGUUUUUAUCACAGAUACUCUAAAACUUUUAACUUUAAAUUGAAAGGUUGUUAUGGCACUAUUUACCAGUCCGGACCACUUAUAAUGAAGGUAGACCUCAUGUGGCCCCUGGACUAAAACCUGUUUGACACCCCCGAUCCAGGACAUUUGGAAAGUUGUCUCAAACCGUUCAGGCUGAAUUAGAAAGUUGCUAACUGAGAGGUGAACUGUCGUCACUGAGACUAUGAAAGGAUCAGCCGGGAAGAGACUGAACUGAUAUAACCAACAAUCCUCAAUGGUCUGCAUUAACUGUGACACAUUCAAGUGUCUGGACCGUCCCACAUUUCCAAUGCUCAUCGUUCUGUCGUGCAAAUGUCACGCAAACACCGUGUGAUGCAUUUCCUGCGAGGAUCGAGUGCAAAUGUGGAGCGAGCAUCGUGAAAAUGUUGAUAAAAUGUCAGUGGACCGUCAUGGGAAUGCUGCAGGAGUGUCUCCUGAAUGCUAAACGCUCAUUGUGCGAAGGUUGAUCGAGCGUCGGAUGAAUGUCCUGAAAAUGUCCAGUGAGCACUGCCACGAAUUUCACCUGAAUGUCAAGCGAGUUAUUUUUUUAGAUGUUGACAAGCGUCGAUCGUUAGAAGGUCGAUUGAUGUCGGGAAGGUCAAGCAAGUCUUGCGCAGAUGUGGAGUCGGCAGAUAUCCCAAAUAUCCAGAAUCAAAAUUUGAAUAUCAAGAUUUAAAUUCAGUGUUCAAGGUUAUUCCAGGUGAAACUCAUCAAUAAUUUCCCUGGAUUUCUGAAUCUGACCAUGCAUGUUGUAGCUGUUGUAGCCCAGUGAGAUGAGACCUCGGACAGAAGCGUCCCCGUCUCAGGUCGAUCCCUCAAAGACGAAGAGUCCAGAUCUUCGCCUGAAUGGAAAACUUUGGUGCUCAUUUUGAAAUUGAGAAAGUCAAAUCGAGAAGUCCCGAAACAGAUCUGCGAUUCUGUUUAUUAGCGAUGCACCGAUAACGACUCGUAGAAGAUCUGAUACAACCCGGCGAGGUUCACAUGACGGCAUCCAUCACCAACGUCACGUGAGACAGCCUUUGUGUAUCGUUUACUUGUAGAGAAUGAAUACUGCAGAAUCGGCGAGUAGCUGAAGAUUCAUCCUUGUCCUUUAAGAGUGCGUCAGUGCAUCUCUAACUGCUAUCCUUUUACCAUAAAACUGCAAAGAAAAGACACAACAGCCACUACUUGAAGUCUUGUGCAUGUUUUUUUUCUCUACAAUCGAACGAAGGGGAAGUUCUUCUUGUCUACAUGUGUCGAUGUACAUAUGUAUGGUGUGUGAAUGUGAGUGUGAAUGGGUGAAUGUGAUGUUGCAGUGUAAAGCGCUUUGGGCUCUGUCAGUGCAGGGUAAAAAGCGCUAUAUAAGUGUAGUCCAUUUACCAUUUACCAUGUAGAUUUUGAACUUUUGCAAUGUGUGCGAAGUUUCCCAGCUUCUCUUCAGCUCAGACUGAUGGGUUUCAAACGGUGGAAUACUUUUAACUUAACUACAUGUUCAUUUUUAAGGUUGUAAUUUAUUUGAGUGUUUACAGCAGGACUGAACUAUAUCUGAGGCGUCCCAUUAGAAAUACAUGGACGUGACAGAAUAUUAGUUUGCAUGUGUAAAUGUGCAUUUUAAACUGUGGAUCCAGGGACUUAAGAGCGCAUAACGACCAAGAGAAAGAUCAAGAAUAAACAAAAAAGAGAACUUAAGUUCCCGUGAAGCAGCUUUUAUACAACUAAAACCUCACAUAUUCAUCUCAAAGUGACGUCUCCUGUCUUCACGUCAGAUGUUUGGAACCUCGUGUGCCUUUUUUGUUACUGGACUUGAUUUAAUAAAGGUUGCCUAAUGGUGUA